GGCGUAGACGCCGCUGGCCCCGCCUCGUAGAUCAGCUGAGGGAGCCGCAAUGUCUGUUGACAGCGGCGGCGGCGCAGCCGGUUCCGGGUUCGACGCGGGGCGGGGAUGUGAAUCCCGAUGGAGCGGCCCGAGGAAGGCAAGCAGCCGCCGCCGCCGCAGCCCUGGGGACGGCUCCUGCGCCUGGGCGCCGAGGAGGGCGAGCCGCACGUCCUCCUGAGGAAGCGGGAGUGGACCAUCGGGCGGAGACGAGGUUGCGACCUUUCGUUCCCUGGCAAUAAACUGGUCUCUGGAGAUCACUGUAAAAUUGUAGUGGAUGAAAAAUCAGGUCAGGUGACACUGGAAGAUACCAGCACCAAUGGAACAGUGAUUAACAAGCUGAAAGUUGUUAAGAAGCAGACGUGCCCUUUACAGAGUGGGGAUAUCAUCUACUUGGUGUACAGGAAGAAUGAACCGGAACACAACGUGGCAUACCUCUAUGAAUCUUUAAAUGAAAAGCAAGGCAUGACACAAGAAUCCUUUGAAGCUAACAAGGAGAAUGUGUUCCAUGGGACCAAAGAUGCCUCAGGUGCAGGGCCAGGGACCGAUCCCUGGGUCCCUCCGUUGUCGCCCGCCGCUCAGGUGUGCUUUGAGGAACCACAGCCAUCGACGUCGACCUCAGACCUCUUCCCCACAGCCUUGGCCUCUUCCACGGAGCCGCCUCCUGCAGGGCGAGAGCAUUCCUCCAGUUGCGAGUCUGGGGGUGGUGGCAUCUCCCCUAAAGGAUGUGGUCCCUCCGUGGCAAGUGAUAAAGUCUCCAGCUUUGCCUCAGCUCUCCCAGACAGAAAGCCUGCAUCCUUUUUGUCAUUGGAACCUCAGGAUCAGGAGGAUUUGGAGCCCAUGAAGAAGAAAAUGAAAGGAGAUGGGGACUUUGACCUGAACCUGCAGUUGUUGGUCGCAGAACCGCCUAGAAAUGCCCAGACCAUCCAGGAGGACGUCAGAGCAGCGACUGGGAAGCCAGACAAGAUGGAGGAGACGCUGACAUGCAUCAUCUGCCAGGACCUGCUACACGACUGCGUGAGUUUGCAGCCCUGCAUGCACACGUUCUGCGCGGCUUGCUACUCGGGCUGGAUGGAGCGCUCAUCCCUGUGCCCCACCUGCCGGUGUCCUGUGGAGCGUAUCUGUAAAAACCACAUCCUCAACAACCUCGUGGAAGCGUACCUCACCCAGCACCCAGACAAGAGUCGCAGUGAAGAAGAUGUGCAAAGUAUGGAUGCCAGGAAUAAAAUCACUCAAGAUAUGCUGCAGCCCAAAGUCAGGCGGUCUUUUUCUGAUGAAGAAGGGAGUUCAGAGGACCUGCUGGAGCUGUCAGACGUUGACAGCGAGUCCUCAGACAUUAGCCAGCCGUACGUUGUGUGCCGGCAGUGUCCUGAGUACAGAAGGCAGGUGGCGCAGCCUCCCCACUGCCCAGCACCCGAGGGUGAGCCAGGAGCCCCGCAGGCCCUGGGGGAUGUACCCUCCACGUCCGUCAGCCUCACGACAGCAGUCCAGGAUUACGUGUGCCCUCUGCAAGGAAGCCACGCCCUGUGCACCUGCUGCUUCCAGCCCAUGCCCGACCGGAGAGCGGAGCGCGAGCAGGACCCACGUGUCGCCCCUCAGCAGUGUGAGUGCCCGCGCCACGGAACGCAGGCGGGCUCCCUCUGUCCUUCGGGGCUCAGGUUUCAAAAUGGUGUUUGGCCUUAGGGUGCCCCAUGAAGUAAGGAUGCCGUUUCUUUUUUUCCAUCUGUGUGAUCAGUUGUCCCCACAUGACUGUAUUGAAUAAUCCAUCUUU